UAAUUAAUGAAACGUGCAAAGCUUGAUAGGGAUGCAUGGGAAAUUAAAUUAGUUGAUAAAUAAUUAAAGUGAUGGAUAAUCUACAAACCCUAAAGUCUAUAUAUACAGCGAUAAAGCGAAAAGGGUUGUUCAGAUCUGGUUUCUUAUCAUAGGGUUUCUAUUUCUCUUUUAAUUAAGAAGCAGCAGAUGAAGACCUGGGAAAGAUGGUAGAGAGUUCUAAAGGGGCUGACAGAAGAGAGUGAGCUCAGAUUACACAUUCGUAAUGAGUGAAUAUUAAGUCGAUCCUCCUCAUAUUACACAUUUGUGUGAUGUGUGCUCACUACUCUAUCUGUCGGCUACGAUCGACUCUCACACUGGUAGAGGAUUCAUCUUCUCUCUCUCUCUCUCUCUCUCUCUCUCUCUCAACAAAAUCUAGCUGAAAUGCGCAGGUCCAGUCUUAUACGUGUCUCUUUGUUUAUGAACCCAGAUGGCAGAUAGAUAAUUUCAUUUUUCUUAAUUAUUAAUUCUUUUCCCUCUGCUGGGAUGAUGCAGAAAAAGUAAAAGAACAAACCCAGAAGAUAUAUGUGACACAUUGAUUUAUUGGUACUGACUUGAUGUUACUUGAUGUAUAUCUAGCUAGGUCUAUCGCUAACAAUCUCUUUGUAGUUUGAUCUUAUCAUCAGUCUGUAUCUGUGUCUGACAUAUAUUUAAUCUUUUUCUUUGAAGCUAACACCUUUUUGUUAUCAUAAUAUUGAUUAGAAUAGUAUUUUAUUGUACAUUUAGCCAAUUUAAUUAAAGGGGGUUUCUAAAACGUGUCCAGUUUCAAGUGGAUAAUUGGCUUUGUCUAGUUUUUUUUUAACAGAUAAAUCAUCAAAUUAUGGCCAACGUGUUUUUUUUUUCUUUAAAGGGUUUGUAAUGAGCUUCUUCAUCCUGCAUCCAAUUGAUCCAUGCAUGUAUUUAGGUCUAUGAGGUUUAGUUUGGUUGUCAUACAUAUUACACUAUAAUUUAUGAACUUCUUUCGUAGAAGUGCAGAUUUCACCUCUAUUUUCCGCCAAUUAACCCUGCAAACUUAAAGCCCUGACUGAUCUCGGCUGCUUUCAAAGUUUCUCCCAAAAUUGAAUUACGUUCCAGGUCGAUUUUGCUUCAUUCUCAGAUUGGCAAGAGCACCAGUGCAUUCCUUGAUCUUCAGUUGUACAUAUUCUGUACGACAUAAAAAAGAAUGUAGCUUUUGGCCGCGUGGCAGCACUUUGUGUCUUGUACAACUUUGAGGGACCAAAAGUGAAAUCCUACAUUGUUGCAGCCCUCCACUAUAAUUCUCCAACACUCGCUCACUCUACUCUACUCUGUAUCAACCUCAAGAAGCUCAGCUGUGCUUAAAGCACGAGCAGCAGUUCAAAACCCAAAUUUACUUAUCAAAAACCCAGAAAGAUCAUAUCUUUCAAAACCCAGAAAGACUCCAUUUUUGUUUUUUGUUUUUUUGUGUGUGUAUGAAAACAAAUGUCCAUGAGCAACAAGACCAUGCUGCAGGAGCUUUGCGUCAAAAGGGGUUGGGCCGCACCCAUAUAUAGUAGCACCAAGCAAGGUCCAGAUCACGUUCCUCAGUUCUCUGCCGCCGUCGUCGUCAACGGUGUCAGCUUCGCCUCUCAGGGCUUCCUCAGCUCCAAGAAGGAAGCUGAGGCCUUUGCUGCCGGAAUCGCAUUGGAAAAGUAUCUUGGCCCCCAAACCCAACUGCCCAUUACCCCAAAGUUCAAUUCUUUCUCAUCUCCAGUGAAAGUAGCUCAUGUUGUUCCACAAUACAACCAUGUGGUAAGAGUUGAGGAGAAUCAGACAUGGAAUGAGACUAAUGCCAUACAGGAAAAGAAGGGUGCUGAUGAACUGGAGCAGUUGUUGGCUAAAGAACGAAAGCUGUGGCACAUAGAGAAGCUUCAGCUCGAGAUGAAAAACCUUGAAUUAGUGAAUGCGAUUGAAGUGAAGAAUAAUGAGGUUCAGCGGUUUGAGAAGAAGCUGGAACAUAUGAAAGAGAUGGCAACAAUGGAGCAGAAGAAAACCAAAAGCAUGAUAUCAUUGGCAGAAGAGAAAAAGAGAGAAAAUGAGAAACUUCAUACGAGAGUUGCUGAAUUGGAAAAGCAACUCCAGGCCAAACAUGCAGUGGAUGGGGAUAUGGAAGUGAAAAAGAUCAACAGUCUCUCUGACUUUUCCAAUGCACUUAUUGUAAAGGAGCAGAGCUAUAAUGAUGAACUUCAGGAGUCUCGUAAGGUGUUGAUCAAUGCAUUACGUGAUGGUUCAAAAGUCUCUAUUGGGGUGAAGAGAUUGGGAGAUCUCGACUGGAAAGCAUUUCAAGUUGCAGCCAAAAGAGAAUAUUUUGUAGAAGAGGAGGUAAAUGAGAGGGCAGCGGAGUUAUGCUCUAUGUGGGAGAAUCACAUUGGAGAUCCUGAUUGGAAUCCAUUCAAGACUAUCACGGAUAUGAGAGGAAGGAACAAGGAAAUUGUUGACGAGGAAGAUGAAAAGUUAAAGAAACUAAAGGAGGAAUUGGGUGAUGAAGCGUACGAGGUGGUGAUAACUGCAUUACUAGAAAUGAAAGAGUAUAAUCCCUGUGGUAGAUAUAAAGUAGAAGAGCUAUGGAAUUUCCAACUAGGUAGGAAGGCAUCAUUGAUAGAGGGAGUCCAAUAUCUUUUGAAACAACUUGAUUUGGUUAACACUAAGAAGCGGCAAAGAAACUGAAGCAAUCGAUCACCGCAUAGUUCUUUGUGUUCUUAAACCUUGUAGUCAGUCCACUCUGUGCGAGUCAUAUGAACUGAUUAACCUCUCCUUUUGAAGAUCAAAUGAAGCUUUCAAAUUCCAUAUACACUGAUUUGAUAAAUUUCUGUAUCUAGAUGUUGUUUGAAUAUGCGAUCUUUACCUUUUCAUUGAAGAUCUGAAAAGGUAAAGAUCUAUAAAGCUCUUUUCUUUCUGGGCUUGUCUUGAAGAAACUUUAACUGAUUGUUGUUUGAUGGUACAUAUUUACUUCACAUAAUUUUGAUCUUUUUUC